GGCGGUCGUCAGUGUAGAAUCCAACGUCGGGCGAACCUGUACUAUACAGCUCACGACAGCGUAACGAUAUUUCGUAAUACAGCGGAAAACAAACAUGGUUUCACUUUCUAUGAAUUAAAAACUAUUUUGACCGGUUUCGAAGUUAUCGAUAAUGGAUUUGUUGAGUGCUGCAAGCAACGGAGUCGCUGCGGCUAGACAUCUGAGCUCUGUUCCUCCAGAAUUAAACAAUGCAGUUAACACAACUCUACUAUGCCAUAGCUAUAGUCUUCAACCAGAUUUCGCCUCGUAUUUUGCAGUUCUCAAAGGCAACGCAUGGGCGAUCUGGUCAUGCGGCCUGUUGGUUCUGCUGACGCUGUGCAUCCUCUACGCAGUCACCCUGAGGUCAGCCCUCAAGUACUGGAAGGACUCGCGUACCAGCGUCGCCAUUGUGCUUGCUGUAUACCCUGUGGUAGCGGCAGCCGCUUUGUUAGCCACAGUUCUGCCGCGGGUUCGAGUCUUGUCUGAGGCUGUAGCGCAAGAGGCGGUCAUGGUCGCCAUGUAUCAUUUCUAUUGCCUUAUUAUCGCCGAAUGCGGCGGCACUACUCAACUUAUCAGACGAUCCGAAGGCUCUCACAUGGAGACCCGCGUACUGCCUUGCUGCUGUUGGCCAUGUUGUAUCCUGCCUAGGCCACGGGUUCAGAAGAAAAGUUUAACUUGGUUGCGAUAUCUGGUACUGCAGAUGCCUGUAAUCCAAGCGAUUCUUUACCUCAUUGUCCUCGUGCUGUGGGCUGAAGAUAUGAUGUUGUAUUUGAACAGCUUCAUAUACAUCCAGCCGUUCAUCGCAGCUUCGAUACUCUCAGGAGUUUGGGGUAUCAUUAUGUGUGUUCGAGUAGCUGAAUCGACGGGAGCGAAGCCGAGACCACGGUUCUUGGCGAUACAACUGGCUCUAGUGAUAGUCAAAUUGCAGUGCGGUUUCGCGAAAGUUCUGCCCGACGUGGCAACCUUGCCUUGCAUCAUGGCAUUGCACCCAUCAGUAUAUGUAAACUUGAUACAUAACAUUGUAAUGAUAUUGGAGAUGCUGUUGUUGUCAAUACUGGCGUGGAGACUGUACCGCGUGCCGCCAGGGAAGGAUGCGGAGAAGGUGCAACACGUAGUCAUCGCGGUGCUCGAAGACAGCCUCAGCUCUUUGGAGAAGAUCAGUGACAUCGGAAGCCAUAAGACUUAUAGCAAUAAAAAUGACAUCAAGCGUGAUGACUAAUGCCAUUUCCUUUUUGUAUUUAGUGUUUAUCAUUCUGAGAUUACAUGCGAAAUUUUGAGGGUGUGCGUCUUAUAAGCCCAGUGGUUCCCAGUUUUAUUUGAGUCUCAUUUUUUUUAUGUUGCAUAAGCUUGACUACAAUAAUGCCUCAUGGAAAUGAUGAGGUUUAAGAUGAAACGCGCUUGCCUAGAUGCCUAUUCCCUCUUGCCUUGAAGGUGCUCAAAUUAAACGUGUCAGGAACACAGAUGUCAAUUUCUAGCGCGUCAACUGCCGGAAGCCUGCAGGCAGGCCGCAAAUAAAUGUUGACUUCCGGCCUUCGCUCGAGUGCCGCGUAGAGCAAGCGAGACAUGCGCAUUGCAGACCAAAAAGGUCGAGUGUCAAGGCACUUGGGGCUAGAAAACUAUGUCUUCAUACAGGCUCUAAAGGAAUAAAAACAACUGUCGUAAAUUCUGUUUUGAAAAAAUAGACUUACUUAGUCUAUGUGCAGAAAUACGAAGAAAGAAUCACUUCAUUGAACAUUUUUUUUGUAAACUCAAUACGGCCUAGUACUACUACUACUUACUUUCGUUGCCAUCCUAAAAUCAUCGAUCUAAGUAAAAUAAUUUGCCGACCUCCGUAGCGCAGUGGGAUUCGCGGUGGAUUUACAAAAUGGAGGUCCUGGGUUCGAUCCCCGGCUAGGCUGGUGAGGUGUUCUUAAUUGUUCCAUGUCUGGCUGGUGGGAGGCUUCGGCCGUUAUCACAAUAAAAAGAGUAUUUUCAUGUAAAUAGGAAAUUACGUAAUUUAAGUUGUGAUCUGAUAUAAUUUUAAGAUCUUAUAUUUUUACGUUGUGUUUUUUGUCUUAGAUUGGAUGAACUUUUUUUUUAUCGAGUAGGUAUCAAAUAAUGUACCUGAUUUAUAUUUUAUUAAUUUUUGCAAACAACAAAAAUAAAACCAAACCAGUGAA